AUGUCCCUUGACACCUUCCGAGCUCACAGAUACGAGAAGCCUAAAACCGUGAAUGACGGAUUGCACACCGCGCCGACUUCAGCGUCGCAUCCUGGAGGAUUGCGCAAGAUAACACUCGGAUAUGCUACGGCAGAAUUCUGGAGCACUUCAGUAGAUGUGAACGUCACACGGAAAACUGAUCGACAAACCGGAGGGCAGACAUCGCAAAAGAACAUGUUUGGGUCCCUGGGUGAUGCCAACGUGGUUUCGCAGCAAGUACUAUUCUCGAUGAUACGCUCUGGUCUUCUCCAGUGUCCUUUACUGGUCUCGAUAGGACUUUUUUGGGCGUUGCCUAGUACUCGCGGAAUUCAUUGGUCAAAGAACACGCCGUCCUCAUUCCAUGACAAGACACCCCACGCGCGGUUCCAUUCAGUGUCAGUCGCGUGCCUCAUCCGCCAAAAGAGAAAGCCUGGUUCUCGCGAAUUAUUUCUCCUGUCUUCGACGCGCUCGCUGACAUCUCCUAUGUCGCCGCUGAGGGCUGCUUUAGCGGCGGCCAGCCAGGGACCUGCGACGCUGCGAAGAUGCCGCGUAUAUGUUCUGCCACGGGUGCUUAACGUUAACGGCGGCGAACUUGGAGACAGCGAGAAGCACUCGCGCUGCUACAAUACCGCCUGCGGACACAAGUGCGACAUGCACACUUUGAACACAGAGUCCUACGAGGACGAUCACUAA